AUGGUACUCCGGGGCACGAUGAGGGCCCACAUCGAUUGGGUCACCGCAAUCGUCAUUCCAAUAGACAACUCCGACAUGAUCGUCACCUCUUCUAGUGACAAAUCAAUCAUCGUUUGGCGCCUCACCAGGGAAGACAAGACCUAUGGUGUCGCACAGCGCCGUCUCACCGGCCACUCUCACUUUGUUCAAGACGUCGUUCUCUCCUCCGACGACCAGUUUGCUCUAUCCGGUUCAUUGGACGACGAACUCUGUCUCUGGGAUCUCAACGUCGGAACCACCGCACGCCGCUUCGUUGGCCACACCAAAGACGUCCUCUCUGUCGCAUUCUCGAUCGACAACCGUCAGAUCGUGUCGGCAUUACGUGACAAGUCGAUCAAACUGUGGAACACACUUGGGGAAUGCAAAUACAAAAUCCAAGACGGCGAUGCUCACAGUGAUUGGGUGAGUUGGUUUUCCUUGUUGUCUGUAACAAUGAUGAAGCACACAAAACCUCGUGUUAUUGGGACAGAAAUGGUGGAGGUCAGAAGGUCAAGUCGUGUUGCACAUCUGUCUGCCUCGAUUUACAAGGAACUCGUGGUUUAUGAUCGAGUUGAGUUACCACGAAGGCAAUUGGAAGCAUUUAGAGUUGCUGUUAAGACUAGUAUCACAAGGCAAUUAGAAGCAUUUAGAGUUGCAUUUAAUCAGGUUAAAGAAAGUAGUUGGCAAAUAUUGUUUUGUAGGCAAAGAGUUCUUGGUGAAGAUUUAGAUGGUUUGGACAUGAAUGAUCUCACCAUUCUCGAGCAACAGAUGUAG